AUGUUGGGGGCCGCCCUCUCCAUCGACCACAUGUUGGGGCCGCCCCUCUCUGUCGACCACAUGUUGGGGGCCGCCCUCUCCGUCGACCACAUGUUGGGGCCGCCCCUCUCCGUCGACUACAUGUUGGGGCAGCCCCUCUCCGUCGACCACAUGUUGGGGCAGCCCCUCUCCGUCGACCACAUGUUGGGGGCCGCCUCUCUCCGUCGACCACAUGUUGGGGGCCGCCCUCUCCAUCGACCAUAUGUUGGGGGCCGCCCUCUCCGUCGACCACAUGCUGGGGGCCGUCCCUCUCCGUCGACCACAUGUUGGGGGCAGCCCUCUCCGUCGACCAUAUGUUGGGGGCCGGCCCUCUCCAUCGACCAUAUGUUGGGCCAGCCCUCUCCGUCGACCACAUGUUGGGGGCCGGCCCUCUCCGUCGACCACAUGUUGGGGGCCGCCCCUCUCCAUCGACCACAUGCUGGGGCCGCCCUCUCCGUCGACCACAUGUUGGGGCCGCCCCUCUCCGUCGACCACAUGUUGGGGCCGCCCCUCUCCGUCGACCACAUGUUGGGGCCGCCCCUCUCCGUCGACCACAUGUUGGGGGCCGCCGCUCUCCAUCGAUCACAUGUUGGGGCCGCCCUCUCCGUCGACCACAUGUUGGGGCUGCCCCUCUCCGUCGACCACAUGUUGGGGGCCGCCGCUCUCCAUCGACCACAUGUUGGGGCCGCCCUCUCCGUCGACCACAUGUUGGGGGCCGGCCCUCUCCGGCGACCACAUGUUGGGGGCCAGCCCUCUCCGGCGACCACAUGUUGGGGGCCGGCCCUCUCCGUCGACCACAUGUUGGGGCCGCCCUCUCCGUCGACCACAUGUUGGGGCCGCCCUCUCCAUCGACCACAUGUUGGGGCCGCCCCUCUCCGUCGACCACAUGUUGGGGGCCGGCCCUCUCCGGCGACCACAUGUUGGGAGCCGGCCCUCUCCAUCGACCACAUGUUGGGGCCGCCCCUCUCCGUCGACCACAUGUUGGGGCCGCCCUCUCCGUCGACCACAUGUUGGGGGCCAGCCCUCUCCGGCGACCACAUGUUGGGGGCCGGCCCUCUCCGUCGACCACAUGUUGGGGCCGCCCUCUCCGUCGACCACAUGUUGGGGCCGCCCUCUCCGUCGACCACAUGUUGGGGGCCGGCCCUCUCCGUCGACCACAUGUUGGGGCCGCCCCUCUCCCUCGACCAGCUAAGCGCUCGAGUGCAUACAUUACUAAAUACAUUUACUGUAAUAUAG